AUGCCACAAAGAAUAAAUGCAGUAUUAGAAGCAUCACUUUCAAACGUGACUGUACAUGAAGUUUCGGGACCUAUGAUCAAACCAUUUUUCGUCAAUAGUAAUUUUGAAUGUUCAUGGUCAACUGAUGUUUUGAAUGUCUUAGCACAUAGAAAACAUAAAUUUAAUCCUUUAUUACAAGGACGAAAAGCUGAUUUUUCUGUUUAUUUACCCAUCAGAGACAAAAAAUGUUAUUUGCUUGUAUUAGAAACAAAGUCCACCGAUUAUGUUGUAUCAAAAAAAAAUUAUUUUGGAAGAUUGUAA